UCUCUCUCCUCUUCAUCUCUCUAUCGCGCCCUUUCUCGCUCUUCUUUUCAGGAGCCCUCUCAUUUUUUGCUUAUAAAAAUUACUUAAUCCCAAUCCUUCUCUCAGAGGAGACGGAGAUUCUCGUCCUCUUUCCUUUGUUUGCCCGGAAUCUUAUCGUUGCCUUCUCUGUGUGAAUGUCCCUUCCUCUCUCUGUUUCUUUGUGAUGGGAUUUAAUGAGUUGGCGAGCGGGACGGAGCGCCGAUGGCGGAUUCAGAGUUUGAUGAGGAGGAAGCAGGUGGAUUCCGAUCGGGCGAAAGCUGAGGGGGGAGGGAGCCAGCUCGCCAAGGAACUCUCCAUUCUUCAACUUGUUGCCAUAGGCGUUGGCUCCACAAUAGGUGCUGGUGUAUAUGUUCUUGUUGGUACAGUUGCUAGAGAACACUCUGGUCCAUCUUUGACAAUUUCCUUUCUGAUCGCUGGAAUUGCCGCUGCACUUUCAGCAUUUUGUUAUGCGGAGCUUGCAAGUCGCUGCCCUUCUGCCGGCAGUGCCUAUCAUUAUUCAUACAUUUGUGUUGGGGAAGGUGUUGCUUGGCUGAUUGGUUGGGCUCUAAUACUUGAAUAUACAAUCGGUGGUUCUGCUGUUGCUCGUGGGAUUUCUCCAAAUUUGGCCUUGUUUUUUGGAGGACCGGAUAGUUUGCCUGCUUUCCUAGCACGGGUUCACAUACCAGGGAUUGAUGUUGUUGUUGAUCCAUGCGCUGCUCUUCUUGUUCUAAUUAUAACUGGCCUCCUUUGCUUAGGAAUAAAAGAGAGUUCAUCAGUUCAAGCCUUUGUCACAUCAUUAAAUGUCUGCGUUAUGUUAUUUGUCAUCAUUGCUGGUGGAUAUAUUGGCUUCCGGUCCGGCUGGGUUGGCUAUACUGUCACAAGCGGCUUCUUUCCACAUGGUGUAAAUGGCAUGCUCGCUGGAUCAGCAACAGUUUUCUUUGCUUAUAUAGGUUUUGAUUCAGUUGCAAGCACUGCAGAGGAGGUGAAAAGUCCACAGCGUGACUUACCAGUGGGAAUUGCAUUGUCUCUAUCUAUAUGCUGUUUGCUGUAUAUGAUGGUAUCCGUAGUUGUUGUAGGCCUGGUGCCAUAUUUUGCAAUUAACCCAGACACGCCAAUUUCAUCUGCAUUUGCUGAACAUGGGGUGCAUUGGGCAAUGUAUGUUGUCGCUGCUGGUGCUGUACUUGCUCUUUGCUCAACUUUAUUGGGUUCUAUUCUUCCUCAGCCAAGAAUUCUCAUGGCAAUGGCAAGAGAUGGAUUGUUGCCAUCUUUCUUUUCUGAUGUUAACAAACGCACUCAAGUUCCUAUCAAGGGCACACUUGUUACUGGGGUAACCGCAGCUAUCCUAGCUUUCUUCAUGGAUGUUUCCCAGUUGUCUGGAAUGGUUAGUGUUGGAACACUCCUAGCAUUUACCAUCGUUGCAAUUUCAAUCUUGAUACUUAGAUAUGUUCCGCCUGAUGAGAUACCUCUUCCAUCAUCAAUCCAUGAAUCAAUUGAGCCAUUGUCUUUUCCAUAUAUGAGUGAAGAGAAAGAUGUGAAACUUUCAAAAGAUCUUAUUGGAGUCAACGAUAAUGAGAAGCAAAGCUCUGGUGAUGGAACUUCCAUAGAUUAUCCUCUUAUCAUAAAGGACAACAAUCAAUACAAAAUGAAUGAGCUUAAAAGGCGUAAGUUUGCCUCAUGGAGUAUAGCGUUUGUGUGCACAGGAGUUUUUAUUCUCACUUUAUCAGCAUCAACAACCUGCUUGCCUCAAUACCUGGUCUAUUCAGCAUGCAUUUUUGGGGCUUUACUCUUUCUGGUAGGCCUAUUUGUACUCUCUUGGAUUGAACAAGAUGAUGGCCGACAUAGCUUCGGACAUUCAGGAGGUUUCAUUUGCCCCUUAGUUCCUUUUCUGCCUGUCUGCUGCAUUCUUAUAAACUCCUACUUGCUUGUAAAUCUCGGUGCUGACACCUGGUUGCGUGUUUCUGCAUGGUUGCUGAUUGGUGUAUUUGUUUACCUGUUCUAUGGACGAUCAAACAGCACAUUGUCCAAUGUGAUAUAUGUGCCUGUUGCUCAUGCUCAUGAGAUCUACAGGAAGUCAUAGAAUGUACUCUACAGGUAUGUUGUCAGUCAACUUAUUGCUAUGAAGUAUGUAAAUACCAAUGUAGGAAUCCUUAAUAUGAUAUUUGAUGUGUGUUUUGAUUCACUCCAAUGCAGUGAAACAAGUGCUGCUUUCUAUGGGGUUGCUUCUGUGCAACCCUUGUAUAAAUAUUUGAUAUGGUGCUUUUGCGAAGUUGCUGAUUUGCAACUCUCAUAUGUAACUUAUUUUAAUGGAUGCAUUGCUUCCUUUAUGAUUUGCAGUUCUUGUUGAAUAAAAUUCCUGUUUAGGGUUUCCUUCAGAAUC